AUGGUUGCCGCUAGAAGGAUCCAUUUCGAACCGUUCCUUUCUUCUGUCCUGGAAGUCCGCGCCAACGUCGUGGGCCGGCUGGCCCAGGUCAAGCUCGAAGCAGAGUCCAACGCUGUUGAGCCAAGCCUCCGUCGGUGUCUCGGCCAUCAUGGUGUAUUCAAGAAAUGCGUGACGGCAAGCCUGGACAGCCACACUCAGCCUGCUAAACCUGCUAAACCCUCGUCUCGGCCUGCGUCUCGAAUCGAGCCUGAACCGACGUCUCCAGCUCCUAAGCCUCGACAUGCACCUGAGCCCCGUUUUGUUGGCGUGCAGGUUGCCAACUUGUUCAAGGGAUUUACACGUUACCGCGUGCCCUCGGUGUCAAUCCCAAAGAGCAACCCGGAGGAUAACGAUCUGAUUCGCGUGCGAGCUCACGGUGCCUGGGAGUCUAGCAGCGUGGCUUUGAAAAGCAACCAUGCCUCUCCGAAAAUGUUCUUCGGACUUAAUCCUUUUGCACGAUUUAAGCAUAAAAGGGGGAAUAAAACUACUGGUGAUGAAUCCUUCAAGUGA